AUGUCCAAUAAAAUUGAUGAAUUCAAACAAAAACUGCUCACACUUUUAAAUAAACAGCCUGCAAAAAUUCCUUCUAUGGGAUUCAAUGAUGCAAACUAUCACUUCUCUCAAGUUCCAACCUUAUCCAUCAACAGUAAGACAGUUGCAGAUGCAGAUAGGCCAGCAGAUCAGGAAAUUUUGGAAAGCAUUGAGGCUGCCUUUUUCUCAAUGAAGGAAGAUUUCGAUAUAUGUAGAUUUGAACUAGAAAAACUUCCAGAAGUUCUAGAUUGUGACCAGAUCCAGAGAGAUUUCAAAAUUCUAAAGCAGCAACACCAAGUUGUGUCACAAAAAGUAUUACAGUUGAUAUUGGAACAUCAAAAUGGAUGUAAUACUGAACUAGAGAAAAUCACAGAAAUUCUUGAGCAAGUUAAAGAAACUCUAGAUUUAUGUCAAAUAAGCAGAAAAGAAUUGAAAGUUGCUGGCAAACAAUUCAGUGCUAGUCUUGGAAUAUUAGCCAAUUACAGAAAACGCAAGCUGGCACAAAAUUUAUUGAAUAAUUUGGAUAUGAUAAAAAAUCUGCACAGUUUUGAAAAAAGAUGUCAGAAUUGGAUGAAUGAUGAAGAUUAUGCAGGAGCUAUAACAGAGCUUAAAGUUUGUCAAAAAACUGCCAUCAAAUACAGACAUUUCAGUUGUGUUGCAGCAUUAACUUACAAGUUACAAGAAACAUUAGAAAAUACAGAUUCUCAGCUAGACAGAGUUCUUGCACAAACAUGUUUUCAUUUUGAUAAAAAUCGUUACAAGAAACUACAGGAUGCUUAUAACCUAUUGGAAAAAUCACCAGUUUCCAUUAUUGAUAAUUUACAUGUUCAUUAUAUUACAGCUAUAUAUAAUUCAUCUUUCAAUGUAGUACAUUCUUAUAUUACCUCAGCUGAAGUCCUGGAUUCAACAGAAAACUGUGGGAAAAAUCCUUAUAAAACCUUAUGCCAGGCAAUAGAUCAAGAUGUGUUCAUUCCAUGUCUGAUCCAGCUGUGUAAAGUUCUUUUCAAAAUUGUGUUGAGCUAUCAUCAGCUCAUGAGGUGGCACAAUGACAGUGAAAAUGAAAAUGAUGUUCUCAACAUUGAGACCAACAUGACCAAGCAAAAACUUGAACAUAAUCUAGUCAAAAUAUGGGAUGAUGUGCAGAGAAAGGUCUCCAGUUUACUCUUGAAUGCUGACCUGGCUAGUUACAAGUUUGAUCAGUUUGUUCAAAUUUUAAGGGUGGUACACAGGUUGAUACAAGUUGGAGAGGAAUUUUGUUCCAGUAAAUCUGAGGAUUUGCAGGAAUCUAUAAGAAAGCAGAGUGUGAACUAUUUCAAAAACUAUCAUGGGCAGAGGCUAGAUGAGCUGAAAAUCUUUUUGGAAAAUGAAAUUUGGGGAAUCUGUCCUGUCAAACCAUCUUUUGACAUUUUACAAUUACAAGAAUUCAAAUGUUUUCGCUACUCCCUCAAAAACUUCAAAUUCAAUCCACCUAUCAGCCCCACCAUGGUAAAUUAUUCCACCGCUUCAACCGAAUGCUGUUCCUCCAACCAUUCGCAGGAUGGCAGCAGCAUCAUCGGAAAUUAUUUUUCGAGAUACGCGGACCACGGUAGUCCUUUCGAUUCCGGUAUGAACGACGCGGUUUUCGAGGAAGAUAUCUUGGUGGGGGAAACCGAUGCUUCCGGGUAUUUUUCUGAGGACAGCGAGGAGGAAUCGGAGGAACUGAGAAGGGAGUUUGUGGAUGAAUAUGGAGAGGAAAAUAACAAGUCCAGCCAAAUGAAUGCUAAGGAGAGGAAAGAAAAACACCUUCAUAACAAUUCAAUUUUGACAAAUACCACCCUUACUGUAUUGCGGCAAAUGGGGAAAUAUAUCCAGAUGUCCAGACUUUUGAAACCUAUUGCAUAUCAGAUUAUUUCCUGCAUGAAUCAACUGUUUGAUUAUUACCUGUAUUCCGUCCACUUAUUUUUCACUCAAGAUCUAAGCGUGUCUAGUAGCAGUUUGUAUUCACAAGAACUGAACAUAACAUUGAAAAAGAUAUUGGACAAUUUGAUAUUAGAAGAUGAAUUUAAAGACUUGGAAAAUAACAUCGUUGAAAGCAAAGUACUUAAACCAUGUCUGUCGUCGAUGGUAGACCUUUCUAAACCUGAUGGGCUUUAUGGUUUGAUGGAGAGAAUUGUGGCAGUUGAAAGUUUGGUAUUUUUAGCGAAACAGUACGAAUUUUUGCAAGAUUAUUUGGAGUAUUUGGUACCCCCGAAUAAUAGGUUGAUGUUGCAACAGUUUUUUACUCAGAAUAUCGCCAGUGCUAUGGGAUUGAGGUAUCCAGUGUAUAUGGCUGUGGUCGCACAAAGUUUUGACCUUAGGCAAAUCCUUAUUUUGAUGUCUAAAAUUGAUUGGGAAGUAAGAGAUGUGAGGUCAAUGCACAAUUCUUAUAUUGAUUUAUUGUUGAAGGAAGUUCAAAUGUUCUCCCAAAGGCUUGAAGACAUUUCAUUGAGAGUUCCAAUAUCUUCAGAAGUUUCCAGAAAUAUUUGGGAGAAUGUCGCUCAUAUAAUUACACAUACACUAGUUCAGGGAUUUUCUGAUGCUAAAAAAUGUACAAAUGGUGGAAGAGCCCUAAUGCAGUUGGAUUUCGCACAAUUUCUUACAAAAUUUGAGAAAAUAUCUUCCCUGAGACCAGUGCCGCACAAGGAAUAUGUAGAAAAUUAUGUUAAAGCAUACUAUCUUCCGGAUCCAGAGUUGGAAAAAUGGAUCAAAGAACAUAAGGAAUAUUCUUCUAAACACCUUUAUGGUUUGGUGAGUUGUGCCUGUCAGAAUAAUAAAAAAACGAAACAGAGACUACUUCAAGUUAUUGAAGACUUUGAAAAAAAUCAAUUUAUCAGGUAA